CAGAGUUGUUGCCGUCGCUGUAGAAGUCGGACAACCUGUCAUCUCACCAAAACAGUUUCUGGGACAAGCAAAGCAAGACAACGGUUUAAUAAUUAUCUCAGACCCAGCCAAGGUAAACACAUGAAGACAAACAACUUUUGGAGCCAUUGAUCCGCGGUGCACAGCUCCAUCGGUGAGACUCCCCUGGCUUCAGAGUGUGUUGACCGGGAGAGAGCAUGAGCCUGUGGGGCAUCUUGCUGUUGGCGGUGCUCGCCACGGCGUUCGCCGCUGAAGAGAACUGUGCUGGCCGCUGUGAUAAAGGCUUUGACGCGACGAAGAAAUGCCAGUGCGAUUCCAUGUGCGGCUACUAUGGAAGCUGCUGUGCUGACUAUGACACCACCUGCCGCACCAAGAUUGCGCGAGGCGAUACGUUUCAUGAUCCAGAUGAUGAAAUAGAGGCCCCUAACACCACUCUCGCCACGACCACAGUCCAUGACACCUCCACCCCUACCCCCACCCCGACACCAACCCCUGCCGUGCCCACCAAGCCCCUGGAGCCUGAAGCAGACCCCUGCAGUGGCCGAACCUUCGACUCCUUCAUGCAGCUGAAGAACGGCUCCAUCUACGCCUUCCGAGGUGAGUACUUCUUUGAGCUGGAUGAGAGGUCGGUGUUACCAGGCUACCCCAAGCUCAUCAAGGACGUGUGGGGCAUUUCCGGGCCUAUUGAUGCCGCCUUCACCCGCAUCAACUGCCAGGGGAAGACCUACAUCUUCAAGGGAAAUAAAUACUGGCGCUUUGAUGGUGAUGUCCUGGAUGACGAUUAUCCUCGCGACAUUUCCGUGGGCUUUGAGAAGAUUCCGGAUGACGUCGAUGCUGCGUUUGCUCUCCCUGCUACUAGCCAUCAUGGAAAAGAGAAAGUCUACUUUUUUAAAGGAGACCGGUACUACCUGUAUGAGUUCAAGCACCAGCCGACCCAUGAGGAGUGUGCACAAAUCUCCAAGACCUCCCCGUCUCUCCUUUUCACCCAAUACACCGACGUAUACUGUGACAAGUGGACAGACCUCUUCAGUCUGCUCUUUGAAGUGCAAGGACACCAUCACGGCCCCCGCUUCAUCAGCAAGGACUGGGUGGGCAUCAAGUCUCCUGUGGAUGCCGCGAUGGCAGGGCGUCUCUACAUAGCCCCUAGGGCCACGCCCGCCCCCACCCCCGCCCCCGCCCUCGUCCGCUCCCGCAGCCGCUCCGCCAGGCGGCGCAAGGGUCGACGCAACCGUGGGCGUGGCCAGCGCGGCCAGAGGCGCAGGCAGGCGCGAUCCCUCUGGGAUACAUUGGAGUACCUGUUUGACUACGAUUACAUGUACGACCCCAUGGACUUCACAGAGGUGGAGGUGGUGGAAGAGAAGAGCCAGCCAGUGCAGAACGUCUACUUCUUCAAGAAAGAUAAAUAUUACAGGGUGGAUUUACAGACCAAAAGGGUGGACUAUGCAAACCCUCCUUACCCAAGAUCCAUUGCCAAAUACUGGCUGGGCUGCAAGGCUGAAACUGGGGCAGAAAAGAAAUGAAAGAUUAUGUGCUUAAGAUGAUCCUGCAACUAUGCAUGACAGAACACUAAUGGAAGUGAAUUAUGGUCUAUUUUUCAAUGUGAAAUGUGAACUGCGAGACCCUGUGUUAAUGGUCCUUUUUAAGUCAGUGAAGCAAAUAAAACAGAACAGAUUCCUGG